CCAGUCUGGCUCUGGCCUGAAGUCCUUCCAAACAUGACUGUGAGGUGUGGAGAGUCAAGCCAGGGUGUGACACCAGCGAAGGAGAGCAGCUCCUGAUCCUCAGCCCUUCUCAAUGUGCUGCAUGGGCCAAGUAUGGCCACAGAGAUGGGUGGCAACUGUGCCAUCUGUCAGGAUAUCUGGAAUGACAUGGCCUCUGCUCUGCCCUGUGGCCACCAGUUCUGCUGGGAGUGCAUCCUGCAGUGGGCACAGACAAAUCCAUCAUGCCCACUGUGCAGAGGAGCAAUAGAAUCUGUCAGGUUUUCUGAUGAUGCAGGUGACUAUCUAGAGAUUGUCAUCACAGCCCCUGAGCAGCUGCCAGUGGCCAUGAGCCAGGCAAGGAGAGCUCCUGGUGACCAGGACGAGAACAGCCCCCAUCCACCUGUGCUGGUCCAUCCCUCUUCUCCUCAAGAGACACCAGCCCGAGCUGUCGGCGGUGUUAUGCCUGAGGUCUGGGCACAACUUUUUCGUCAACAACAGGAACUUCUGGGCCCUGUGCGGACUUGGCUGAACCAGAGGAUGGAGGCCAUCCAUAGGAACCAGUGGUGGAUGGCAAGGAGCACACAGAGUGCUAUCCUGCAUGCUCUCUGUGUGUAUGGGCCAGACCGGGAGACUAUGAUCCAGAGUUUGCAGGGCGUGCUGGAGGAACACACAGUGACACUGGUCCAGGGCACCAUUGACAUCAUUGUGAGACACUGCAGCUCAGGGGCCCAGAGGCUGCUGCGCUCCCACACUACUGGGGAUGAGGAUGACAGCCCAGCAGCCAGCAGCAGCUCCAGCAGCUCCAGUUCCAUCUUCUCCAGCUUCUCCAGCCCAAACAAUCCCAACUCCUCCAGCCCAAAGAGCCUCAGCUCCAGCUCCUCCAUCUCUUGGACAUGGACCCUAGCUAGCAGCCCUGAAGUUUCCACAGAGGAAGAAGAGGAAGCUGCCACAAUGGAGGCCAACCCUAGCAGGGGUCAAAGCCACCCUUCAGUUGUGCCAGUGUCCCCAGAGCAGGACCAGCCCCAGGAGGAGGCAGGUCCCUCUGUCCAGAGCACCAGCCCCAGAUACUCUGGUCCCACCCAAGGUAGGCACUGCUCACCUGGGCCACCCCAGCGGUCCCUGAAGAGAAAGACCCCUGACCCUGAGGACUCUCCCCACCCCUGCAAGAGGCACCCCCACCAGUAGCACUAGCAAGGUUCUUUCAACCCCUUAAUUAAGAAAAAAGAAAUAAAUUGUUAUUUCCCUCA